ACUCAUUUCCCCUAGUGACCUUGACAAGUCAGAAGCUUGGUAGCAGGGAAAUCCGGAUGUCUCAGUCAUGAACUGGAGCAGUAGGGGGGGCCCACAUUAUUUCCAGAAGUCUCCAUCCAGACUGGUGAUUAUCUGCUUCUGUUCCUGCCAGUGCCCAUUGGAGGUGCUUCUCUGGCUCUGAAGGGGCUGGCACGAUGGCCAAGUACUUCAGCCUGGUGUUGCUUCUUGCCUCCAUCUGGACCACAAGGCUCUUGGUCCAAGGCUCUCUCCGCGCAGAAGAGCUUUCCAUCUCAGGACAAUGCAGACUCAGGGGGGUCGUCCUUGUGAGCAAAAAGACAAACCCGCAGCUGAAUUUCACAGAAGCCCAGGAGGCCUGUAGGCUGGUGGGACUCACGUUGGCCAGCAAAGACCAGAUUGAAGCUGCAUGGGAAGUUGGCUUUGAGACUUGCAGUUAUGGCUGGGUUAAAGAUCAGUUCUUGGUCAUCUCUCGGAUUUUCGCCAACCCCAAGUGCGGGAAGAACGGGAAGGGCGUCCUAAUUUGGAGAAAUUCACCUAAUCAAAAGUUCAGGGCCUAUUGUUACAACUCAUCUGAUAUUUGGAUUAACUCAUGCCAACCAGAGGUUAUCACCACCAAUGAUCCCAUAUUCAGCACUGAAAUGGCAACACACACAACAGAAAUGACUGUCAGAGACAGCACAUACUCAGCAUCCUCUGCUGAGGGACCUUACUCUGUUACACAGACUGUGUCUCCUGUUCCUGCUCUGGCUUCCACUUCUACUCCACGGAAAAGAAAUUUAAUUUGCAUAACAGAAGCUUUUAUGGAAACUAGCAGCAUGUCUACAAAAACUGAAUUAUAUAUUGAAAAUAGAGUAGCGUUCAAGAAUGAAGCUCUCGGGUUUGGAGGUGUUCCCACGACCCUGCUGGUACUCGCCCUCCUCUUCUUUGCUGCUGCCGCUGGCCUAGCAGUUUGCUACAUCAGAAGGUAUGUGAAGGCCUUCCCCUUUACAAACAAGAAUCAGCAGAAGGAAAUGAUUGAAACAAAAGCAGUGGAGGAGGAGAAGGCUGAUGAUGGCAAUCUGAAUGCUGAAUCAACAAAAAUCGAUAAAAAGCUGGAAGAGCCGAAGAGUCCACCCAAAACCACAGUGCGAUACCUGGAAGCUGAAGUUUAGGUGAGAAAGAAAUGAGAAGACAUACCUGAGGCUGAUUUCCUUCCUGAUACAUGUCCUGGCCCCAGGGCGGGAGCCUAAAAGGGCCAAAGAACCAAACUAGAAAGUCCACCCUUGGUGGCUAAUUGAAGUCAGCUCCAGGCUACCUUUGGACUCUGGAGCUCACCAAAGGGAAAUCCCUUUUUCUUAUUGCAGUCCUUUCUGGACCCUAUCCUCCUACCUCCAAAGCUUCCCACAGCCUCUCUAGCCUGGUUAUGUCCUAAUAAUAUUCUGGUGGGAGAAAGGAGCUUGUGCAAAGCAGCAGGACCUAAAAGAGCUAAUCAGAACAUGUUUGUCAAGAGGACUUCAGGCUGGCUGAGAACCGGUGAGUUGAGAGCUAGGAAACCAUUGGAUCAAGGCUUUGUCUGUUGAUUGAUUCUACAGCUCAGAUCCUUUCUUCAGCUCUGGAAAGGAAACACCACCUGGCAGGUCCUUCUGAGGCAAGAGCAAAAGAAGGAAGGAGAAGUUUAGCAACUGAAGGCCAGGCAGAUUCUCAUGACUUGAGCCCCAAUCUCUGCAAAGCCAAAAUAAGCAGAGAAAAAGAAUGAGGCUGAGGCUAUCGACAGCAUCUUGUCAGUAGGGACUGUAACUACAGACAGGGCCAAAGUAUUCAUCUUUGAAUAAUUUGAGUUGGAAUCACUUUAUAGAACCUACACAUACAUACUUUUCUCUCUCCCCCACUGCUAUUUUCUCUAGAAGAAUAUACUUUUACAAGAAAUGCCCCCCCCAAAAUCUCUUACAAAUUUCUAUUUUUAUCUGAGUUACAGAAAUCAUUACUGAAUAAAAUUACUGUGUUAAGAAGCAGUAAAAUUUAAUAAACAUUUGCUGAAUGCCUACUCCAUGGCAGGACCGUGCAAGUUAUUACGUUCUGGAAUUGAUGAUUAUUCAUCAAAAAUUGCAUAUGGUAGAAUGUAUGAAGAUAAGUUUUUUCAGUAUUAAUAUCUGCAACUUAUCCACUUCCAAAACCUUUUUUUUUUUUGCUGAGACUAACCUCAUUAUUUUCUCAUUAACAUGGCAACCACUAUAGCCUUAAUUUAUUUUCAACAUACCUAAAAAGUACAUCAUUGCCUCUAUAGACCAAAGCACAUUUUUCAAAAUGUCAUUACCAAGUACAUCACUAACUCUCCUUUCUCCAAGCAAAGGGGCCUGAAAGGGGCAAAAAUAUUUGUGCCGAAAAAAUAAAAGCAUUUAGAAAAU